UGGUGAUUAACAGCGGUCUCAUAGGAUGCGGUCCACUCUUCUUCCGCGGCCGUCCUCUCGACAAACACGGAAUGCUUGGAAUUCCUGUUCGCAAAGACAUCUCGUUCUACGCCUCUCAACAAAUAGAGGAGCAAUGGUUUGAACAAACACUCGAUCACUUCAAUCCCGUCGACACCAGAACUUGGAAACAACGAUUUUUCAUCAACGAUACGUUUCACACAAAAAAUGGGCCGAUAUUUCUGCAAUUGGGAGGCGAAGGCAAUGCGGACCCCAUUUGGGUGGUUGAGGGCCAGAUCGCGGCCAACUAUGCCAAACGGUUUAAUGCAAUGUCUGUACUCCUCGAGCAUCGAUACUAUGGCAAGUCAUGGCCCACAGAGUAUGCAUUCAUAUUAGCCCUAAAAAAUAUGUCGGUCGAGAACUUGCAAUACUUGACGAGUCAACAGGCAUUACAAGACGCCGCGUAUUUCAUUGAGUAUUUGACAACAAAACUAGCGUUAAGUGAUAACAAAUGGGUUAUAUUCGGCGGAUCCUAUUCCGGAUCAUUGGCCGCUUGGUUUAGAGCCAAAUACCCGCAUCUAGUGGUCGGUGCCAUCGCUUCCAGCGCUCCCAUCGAAGCGGUCGUCAACUUUAAAGACUAUUUAUCGGUUGUCAGCGACUCUUUGGGCCAAAAAUGCGACGACGCUAUCAAAGAAGCCACUCAUGAGUUAUCGUUAGAAUUGGAUCAUCCCGUGGGCUGGAAGUCCAUCGAAAAGCAAUUUAAACUUUGCGAACCAUUCAACGGAUCCAUUGUUGACGAUGUCUAUAAUUUGGUCAGUACUUUGGCUGGAAAUAUAGAGGGAGUCGUUCAGUACAAUAAAGACAACCGAGACUUUGAGGGCGCCGUCGCCACUAAUAUUACCAUUGAUGUGAUCUGCGAUGUGAUGACCAACACAUCCAUCGGUGCAAAAGCAUUGGACCGGUAUAUGAAAGUGAAUGACAUUAUACUCGAGGCUUAUAAUCAGAAAUGUGUGGACUUUAAGUACGAAAAGUUUGUGAAACAAUUGCAAAACACAGACUGGAAGUCCAGCGCCGCUGCAGGAGGCAGACAAUGGACUUAUCAAACAUGCGUUGAGUUUGGAUUCUUCCAGUCAUCCGAUCUGAAGAGCCAACCGUUUGGUCCCUACUUUCCGGUCGAGUUCUUCAUCAAACAGUGCGCCGAUAUAUUUGGCCCCAAAUAUGACCAAACAUUACUGGAAAAGUCCAUUCAAUUUACAAACAACUUUUACGGCGGAUAUGCACUCAAAGUGCGCAAAGUAUUGUUUCCCAACGGAUCCAUAGAUCCGUGGCAUGCGUUGGGCGUAACCAAAGACCUGAACCAAUACUCAAAGGCCCUACUGAUCAACGGAACCGCUCAUUGCGCUGAUAUGUAUCCCGAGUCACAAAAGGAUCCCAAAGAGUUGACUGAAGCCAGAAAUCAUAUCAUCAAUACUUUGAAUGACUUCUUAACCGCUCAAUAAAUGUGACAAUAAUUUUGUCAUUUAAUCUUUCA